UUGUCAAAGUCUCGCGACAACAUACCUGAUCGGGUUUGCUGAUAAGGUUAGUGACACCUGAGAGGCUCGGGACAGGAGCAGGAGACCGGGGACGGGAGGCAACUUGAGGAUGUCUUUGAAUGAAGAGGGUUAUGUGGUUCGGAUCAGAGGACUACCCUGGUCCUGCACGCAGGAAGAGGUUGCCAGUUUUUUCUCUGACUGUGACAUCGUUGGGAAAGUAAACGGAGUGUGCUUUACCUACUCCAAAGAAGGACGUCCUAGUGGAGAGGCUUUUAUUGAGCUGAAAAUGUCUGAGGAUUUCAAGAAUGCCCUUGCCAAGGACCGUAAAUACAUGGGACACCGAUACAUAGAGGUGUUCAAGUCGAACCGUAGUGAGAUGGACUGGGUACUUAAACGUAGCGGCCCUGCUGACUAUGACAGCUGCAGCGGCUCCAUGUUGCGACUUAGAGGCCUUCCCUUUGGCUGCAGCAAGGAGGAGAUUGUUCAGUUUUUCUCAGGGUUGAGAAUCGUGCCAAAUGGGAUUACUCUGCCAGUGGACUACCAGGGGAGGAGCACAGGGGAAGCCUUCGUGCAGUUUGCCUCAAAGGAGAUAGCAGAAAAGGCUCUGGGGAAACACAAGGAAAGAAUAGGGCACAGGUAUAUAGAGAUUUUUAAGAGCAGUCGCAAUGAGAUCAAAGCCUACUACGAGCUGCCCCGGCGGGGGAUGGGAGGCCAGAGACCGGGGCCCUACGAUAGACCCAUGAUGGGGGCACCCAGGGGAGGGUUUUUUGGGCCCGGGCCUGGCCGCGGUGGGGCUCUGAUGGACACCAUGAGGGGUGGAGGAGGCUAUGGAGGAGGUUACGGUGACUUUGACAGCUACAAUGGCUUCAACAACUACUGUUUUGGCAACGGCAUGUUUGAUGAGCGAGUGAGAGGCGAAAGGGUAGCAAGAGGGAUAGGAGGCCACAGUUACGGUGGUCAAAAUGAUGUUUGUUCAGGCCUCCACGGCGGUCAUUUUGUCCAUAUGAGGGGUUUACCUUUCCGUGCCACAGAGGGAGACAUCGCUAAAUUCUUCUCUCCUUUGAAUCCCCUGAGGGUCCACGUUGAUGUGGCUCCCAACGGGAAGUCGACUGGAGAAGCAGAUGUGGAGUUUCGCUCCCAUGAAGACGCUGUGGCAGCCAUGUCUAAAGACAAGAACCACAUGCAGCAUCGCUAUAUUGAGCUGUUUCUUAACUCAACAGCUAGUGGAGCAGCUGAAAUGAGUCGUGGCGGCGGCGGUUACUAUGGUAACUCAGGAGGGGGCGGAGGCUCACGGAGCAGCGGGCUGCGAGGUUCAUACUGAUGAUGUCAUCCCACGCUUCCAAUCCAUCCUGGCGUUUGUCUGGCGUCUCUUCAGGCCACAUUCACUCGAUUACUUUUUCUAAGCAGAAGAGCUGAUCUGAAGUCGUUUGUUUCGUAACAGCCGUUCUUUUUAUGGUGGUUGUACUAAAAUCUUAUUUCAGAUACUAGAACAGAUCAGAUAUGACCUCAACAAGCACUAUUAUUAUACCAUUCCUAAACGCAUAUGAAGACGCAUAUGUUUCUUACAUUUUUAAAACAAUUGGUUAUAGUAAUAGUUUUUCAUGAUUUACAUGAAAAGUAAGCUUUUUUUUAAAAAAAAUCAAACACCAUUUAUUUUGCCAGAGUUUUGAAUGGCAUUGAAAGGGAUGCACUUUAAUUUGUCUUGUUUCACAUCCCACUGUUGGCAGGAGAUGUUAGUCAGUGCAGAGGAGACAGAAUUUCAUAGAACACAGAUGAACAGCUGAGGGAUUUAAUAAGUAGAAAAGGAUAAUUUUGAGCAUGGUUACUUUGAAUCUGAUCAGUUGAUGUAAACUUUGCUUUGGAUUGGUUGACGGGCUGGGGUGAAUGAUGCUCUUUAGUAGGUGGAGCAGUGAGAAGCAACGUCAAAACAUUCCAAGAAUCUCUAAGUAAGAAAUUCUGAUUUGAAAAAAAAAAAGUUUAUAAAAUCUUUGUUUAUUCUGGUUUAAACUUAUUUUCAGCAGUACAUUUGACCAAGCUGUAAUAUACUAAUUCAAACUGGAUUUCAGAUCAGCUUUUCUGGUUUGAAAAGUUUGACAAAUGUGAGCCAUUGUGUUUUUUAUGAAUGUUUUCACAGUUCAUUACAGAAUUUAAAACUAAGUUGAAUAUAUAUUCCACUCUCAAAGAGUGAGAGUGAAAUAAAGUCUCUAUAUUUGAGCUGUACAUUUUGCCUAAUAAAUUUUAUAUUUAAU